AUGCCAAUUAACACACCUCCAGAUGACGCCCCUCCUGGCCCAUACCACACCUGCGUCAACACCCACCACGCAGCCUAUUCCGAAAACAAUCUACCCCCUCUCCUCUUCCGCCUGGAGGCACCAAUAUUCGAUGAUCUCCCUCCUCUCAGAAACCUCGUCGAGAACGGCCAAGUCGUCAAGGACCGCGAUGGCCGCCCCCUCCGCGCGUUUCCCUUCCUACAUACAUCUCCAUCCGCCCGGCGGCCUGGCUCCUCGAGUACUGGAUGCGGACAGACCCACGCCUCACAUACCGCGACAUAA